AUGCAUGAUUUAUCUAAAUUUGUUGAUCGUCUUAUUAGUUGUUUUCAACAAAAGAAACUUUCUAUUGAACGUAAUCGUUUACAGCAAAAAGAAUUCGAAGAAAAAGUAUCAAAUUCUUUAAAAGAAGAACAACAAUUAAAAGAAAAAUUAAAUUUAUUAACCUCAAAUAAUAAACAGCUUAAAGAACAGGUUUCAUAUUUUAUUUUUAUUUGA